GACGCUCCAAUCUGCACCCCGAUCCUCCCCUCGAACCCCGGUCUUGAGUCCGCGAUCCCCUCCGUCCGUUGUCUUCAUUCGGGACCUUCAUCGCCAAUGCUUUGCCCCAACCACCAUGGCGGCGCCAGCUAACAACCCCUUCGGGGCGCCCCCAAGCCAGGUUCUUCAGAAUUCCUUUGGACCCCCUGUCUCUGGUCAGCCUGCCUCUGUCUUCAACCAGCCAUUUCAAAACUCGUCUGGCGCCGGGGCUCCCAAGGCGAAUCCUUUCGGUUCGGCGCCCACUGCGAAUCCCUUCGGCGCGCCCGUCAACAAUUCUUUAGGAGCCACAGCCGCAUCUGGGAGCAGGCCAUCCUCGUCCGGGAGCCACUCUGGCGCGUCUGCCAACAACCCCUUCGGAGCUCCCUCCGGUCCGAAGGUAAACAGCCUUUUUAGAGCGCCCCCGAGUGGGCCCAAGAACAGCCGGAGUCCAUCCCCUUUUGGUUCCCGAGCGCCGCCGUCGGGCCCGUCAAGUCAAUCAUCGGCGCCUAAACACGUCGACGCGAACGCGAUGAGUCGUCGGAAUAAGCUCACUGGUGGCAAGCCACCGGUUGCGACCAAAAGCACUCGUCCUGCUAGUCGGGGAGGUCAGGCCAAAAAUGGAGGGUUUGCUGGGCAAGGGGGUAAUCAUCAGGGACCGCAACAACCAACGCCGUUCGCCGGUACAAGCCCAUUCGCGAAGCCGUUGGUUUCUCAAAUUUCGGGGGCGAGCACAAAACCACAGCCUGCUGGUCGGGGCAAGCAGCCUGGGCGCCAGGAACGCCAUCAGCCCCUCUCCAGCCAGCGCGGUAACCAAAAUACCACAGCCACGGGCCCUACCGAACGGACCAAGCAGCUAUCGAAUUUUGCCUUCAACUAUGCGAAUAAGCUUUACGAUCACCUCAAGAAGGAGAACGUCCACCCGCCGAAAUGGCACGCCGACCCUGGUGACCCCAGCAAGCGCGGCGCCAUUGAUGGUCUGAAGGACACAUACAAAAAGUAUCGCACCCGCGCGUAUGCAACACUUAGGAAAGCCGACCUCAUCGACGAUCCGGACAAAAGGCGGAAACUCGAGGAUGCGCUUCCAUUCAAGGGGAUUUGCGAGAACAUGUGCCCGGAGUUCGAGCAGGUCUCCCGUAUCGCCGAGUACGAUGUCAAGAUGGAGGAAAAGGAGACCCGCCCUGAUGGGCUAACCAUGUGGCCGGACACGGCUCGGAUGGUCAAGAAGUUUGGGCGCUCGGCCGCUGGCCAAGAUGCGCCGCUACCGAUGGACGUUCGUUCUGUGGACGCCCUGCGGAGGACGACAGAUUACCUCUUUAACGACCUCCUCCAGUCCGAGAGCAACCUGCCGGCGAUGCACAACUUUUUGUGGGAUCGGACCAGAGCCGUGCGCAAGGACUUCACCUUCCACUCGCAAAAGUCGGCCGAAGAAAUGAAGGACAUGGUAUACUGCUUCGAAACUAUCACACGAUUUCACGCCACCGCCCUGCACUUGUUGUCGAAGAAGGGCUUCGCAAACGAGGACUUCGACCAGAGGCAGGAGAUCGAGCAGCUGGGUCGAACCAUCCUGUCACUCGUAGAGGCGUACGAUAUGUGUCACGACAAGCAAGUCCACUGCCCGAACGAGCCGGAAUUCAGGGCGUACUACCUCCUCCUCAACGCGCACGAUCCCUCCAUAGCAAGGCGGAUUCCCACAUGGGGAAAGGCGUCCUGGUUCGAGUCCGAAGAAGUCCAGACAGCUCUGUCUCUGAUCCAGGCGAUGGAGGACGUGCGGGAACCAAAGGGUCCUAUCAAGCCCCGCGUGGCGACGAGCUUGUCCGACAUCUCGCUUACAAACUACUUCUCCAUCGUUGAGGACACACGGGUUUCUUACACAAUGGCCUGCGUGGCCGAAGUCCAUUUCACGACAGUGCGCCAGGGCAUACUUAAGAAUCUCGUGAGGGGCUAUGCUCGACAUCGCGAUGCCCCUCGCACCAUCACGGCGUCGGACCUCAACGCGAUGCUGAGGUUUGACACACCCGAGGAGGCGGUUGAGUUCGCCGAGCUGCACGACUUUGAGUUCUCAACAUGGGUCCCUGAGGGGCGAAACCCCGUCACGGAGCCUUACCUCCUCCUCAAUAACAAGAAAAGGGCCGUCCCGUCUCCAAGAGUCCGACAGGCGUUCUCGGGAACAAUCGUUGAGCGGAAGCACACGACGCAGUCCCUGCCUCAUGUGAUCUACAACACCAUCUUUGAGGAGCCGUCGGAGAACCCGCCCACUUCCGAGAAUAGCCCGGAUAGUCUAUUCUCCGAGGACGGCGGUAGUCUGUUUGUGGCGAGAGCAGCCGAAUCCAAGGACUUGUCCAUGGCCAACCCGGCCUUCGUACCACCAGCCACAACUUCCUCCCCUUUCGGCCUCCCCGCCUCAAGCUCACCAUUCGGUACAACGGUACCUUCCACGACAACGCCGUCAUCAUUCUCUGGCUUCUCAGCCCCGCAACCAUCAGCUGCAACGGCGAACCCAUUUGCAGCCCCGAGCCAACCUACAUCACAAACCCAGCCAGGACAGAGCCCGUUCUCGUCUUUAAACCAACCGCCGGCCUUCUCAGCAGCCGGCACAACCCCCAAGCCUGUUGCGGGCCUAGGCCAGCCGGCGCAACCCGGGCAAACAGCGGCCUCGCCCUUUGUUACAACCAAGCCCACAGAGGGUUCGAAUCCGUUCGGUUUUCUCACCAACACGGCCUCGGCUACCCUACCAUCCCUUGCUCAAGCGGCACAAACCCAGCCUUCCACAACCUCUCCAUCCGCGCCUUCAAUCUUCGGAAACGCCGCUUCCAACUCGGCCACCACCGCCAACCCGGCACAGGCUACCGCCUUCCCCCAAGCCAAACCGGCCGCGUCAACUCCUUCGGCUUCCGUUUUGGGCUCAGCUCCGCCGGCCGGAGCGUCUCUAUUCCCAACCACCACGCUCGCAAAACCUACAUCGGGACAGCAAGGAACCACUUCCGCGCCAUCAGUUCCGUCUAUUCAAGUCUUCCCACCUCCCGCCACAACCACGCCUGUGCCUACAACCCAAGGCCUGCAACCUCUCUCCUCUACCCCGUCCCAACCGCUUGGCCAGGCCCCUCUUUUUGCCUCAUCAUCACGAACGCCGGCAGCCCCUUCGCAGGCAGGAGUUGCCUCAGUGCCGUCCGGACCACCGCCAUCUCACAAGCGCGAUUUACUCGGCGAUUUCACGAAAUGGUUCGUCACAGGCGACGAAGGUCUCGUAGAGCAGUUCACCGAGGAAAUUCUAAGUCACAUACUCUGGGGCGCCUGGCAGGAUUUUGAGCGUGAAGAAGCGGAAAGAAAACGGCGGGAAGAGGACCAAGAAUCGUGGCGGAUUGCGCGCGAACAUCAAAGCUACCGAUUGCGACUAAAGUUCUUUUACCGUUGGCGCAACAUCACCCGGUCGCUUGCCACCAAGCGCAUUCUUCGGGAAGGCAGAGAAAAAAUGCGCCUCUACCGCGAACAGCAACAAAUCGUCAAGAAACAGCUGCACGAAGAAAAAGAGAAGGCCGAACGGGAAGCCAAGCGCGCCGCAAAGAGGCAGCUCAUGGAAGACAGCAACCGCCUUGCCUUGCUCGCCAGCUCCACCGGUCGCCGAGGCAGCGUCGCCUACAGCACUGACCAGAACCCCGAAGACCAGCUCCUCGCGAGUGGCGUGUUUUCGGGGCUCCGCGACGACCCGCGCUCUCUCGCCCGCCGCUCCGUUCGCGGAUCCGCUAUCAACGGCGGGGACCCGUGGGCAAUGGACAGCGCAACCCGCUCCUUCCGGUAUCCGGAAUCGGAGCUCGAGCUCGAACCGGCGCCAUCCGACACGAGCAGCGUUGCAGGCAAGCGCGAGGGUUGGAAGACGCGCUCGCUGCGUGAAAAGUUCGGAAUCGAACCCCGUCGGAGCCUGUCCGCCAGCGGCUCCGUCGUCAACGCCAACAUCAACGGCGGGUCGUUUACAUCGUCAUCGCGUUUCAGGCAGUCGCUUCCUGGGACGGGGCACGACAAUCAUCGGACCACGAAUUUCUCGGCCACUAGGAAGAGGUCGGCGGAAGAGGAGUCGGAUGACGAGCCCGGCGCGAAGCGACAAACAAAUUUCUACAGCGGUACAAGUAACGGAGAAAAACCAAGUCGAUUCGCCAAGUCCACGCACUGGGACUUGCGCGCGCGCGGGUUCGUGCCCAUGCCAGACGGGAACUGGCUUCCGGAAGCCAUCGCCCGAUCCUCUUCUGCCAACAACAAACCGGGCCGCGCCAGCGGGCGCUACGACCUCGCGUCUCCCUCCGGCUCUGCCUCGCCGGACGGGCCGAUCGACGUCGACAUGGCCAGCGACACCGGCCGCGCCCCCUCGCCCACGCCCUCUGAGCUGCGCCUGGCCAAGAUCGGCAAACCCCGUCCGCCCGCCUAUGGCCAUGCCUCGCGACACAGCGUCGACCUCCCCGGGUUCGCGGCCCAGGGCCUGCUCUCAACCUCCCCGCCCCAUCCGCCGUUUGCAUCGACCGCCGCCGGCAGCAUGCCGCCACCGCCUAUGCGGAGCCGCAGUAGUGGGGAUAGAGCCGCGCUGGGGAUGGGGAAGAGGAAGCGCAGUUCGGAGAUGGAUUUGGAUGGUGAUGAUGAUGAUGUUGGGGGACGGGGGAGGGAGGUGUCACCCUCGGCGAAGAAGAAGGCGGUCUUGAGUAGUGGGGUGGUGCCGGAUAAGGCGGAGACCAAUGUCAUGGUGGAGAACACGAGGCGGAUGCUGAGGGAGUUGAGGGAGGCUAUGGAUCGGGCGGACCGCGAGGAGCCUGGGAUGAGGGCCGAGGUAUAUCUGGAGGGGUAGUCUACCAGUCUACCCGUUGGGUAUUUGACUCGUCUAUAGCUGGGGAGAGGGAAAGGGUGGAUUUUGUGAACUGGACCCGGGAGUGUGAGGGAGUGGGUCAGUCUGUGUGAUACCCUGGUUAAUGGGAGUGAUUCAAAAUGGGGCAUACCAAGUGAAGUAUGGGAUCUGCUGAAAAUGCCGGGUGUGUGUGGGAGAAAGCGAGCAAAGCAAGCGUGAAGGCAACCAUAGCAUAUCAUGGCGUUUCUGGAUGGGAACUGAGACUGGGGCACUGGAAUAUGCAUCUACCUAGCCAUUGUCGUUACCGUCUGGUGUCUCUAGACGGGUCUUUGCUUCUAAUUUGUAUAUCUUGCAUCAAGUCUCGAGUUGUGGGGGGACCAAGGUGGAUGGGGGAAUAAUGACUGAAAAGUCGAGACGUCACUC